CCCAUCCACCCCUCUCUCUCUCUCUCUCUCUACGCUCUCCUCUCUCUCUUAAAUGCAUUUCUCACAGAACGCUCUCUUCUCAACUUUUAAAUAUUCCUCACUCUCUCUUCAUCUCAUCACACUCCAUGCCCACACACCAUGAACACUACCACCAUUUUUUUCAUAGCUUUUCUCCUCACCUCAGUCCUCUCCCUUGUAACCCGACCCGAACCCACCAGAUCAUCCCAACCCCAGCCCAAACCCUCCAAAGAAACGGGUCACCACCCAACCCAAAACAACAACAAUAAUGGUGGUGGUGGUGGUGGUGGGGGAUUCUUCGGUCCCGGAGGCGGUUUCAAUGUACCCGGGUUUGGAAACGGGUGGAGCAAUGGCAUAGUCGGUGGCGGAUACGGAGCAGGGUACGGGACUCCAACUGGAGGGUACUCAAAAGGUGGGAUCAUAAGACCGACUGUGGUGUGUAAACACAAGGGUCCAUGUUAUAAUAAGAAGCUUAUGUGUCCAGCCAAGUGCUUCACCUCCUACAACCAUUCCGGCAAGAACGACGGUGGUGGUGGCGGCGGCGGUGGUUGCACCAUAGACUGCAAGAAGAAGUGUGUUGCUUACUGUUAGGUUUAGGAGGAGCCAGUAGGCUUAAUAUAUACGUGUGUGUAUGUAAUAUGAGGCUGUGAUGCUUUAUUGGUGUUUGUUUUUAGUGCAUUCAUAUAAUUAAAAGCAGCUCCAACGUUACUUAAAUUUUUCAUUAUAUUUGAAUAAAAAUUUAAGUAAAAGUUUGAUAUGAUA